UAAAAAGUAGAUCACUCAUCUACUAUAGUAAACCUCAAGAAGCUAAAAGAAAUGCAAGGUGGUGUGCAAGUAAUCUCCAAGGAAGUGAUGAAGCCAACACCUCAAUAUCCCUUCAAAAACCUCAGACUUUCAUACAUAGACAGAUCAUUACCAUCUAUGUACAUUCCUCUCAUCUUCUUCUACAACGCCGAUGAAUCAACCGGCCUCAACACCUCCAACCAUAUCCAAAUAUCUCAAAUCUUGAAAAACUCUCUCUUAGCUACAUUGCCUUCUUUCUACCCAUUAGCCGGUAAGCUCAAACACAAUACAUCCGUAGAUUGCAACAACGCCUCCGCUGGCUCCGAAUUCGUCCAAGCCAAGGUUCACGCUCAACUCAAAACCGCCUUGCAAGGAUCCACCGUGAAAGAUAUGAAGCUUCUCCUCCCUUCGGAAUGUUGGGCGUUCGACAAUGCUCGACGCCCACUUCUCGUCGUGCAGGUCACCUACUUUGACUGCGGAGGGAUCGCCGUCGCUAUCUGCGUCUCCCACAAGAUAGCCGAUUUCGCCUCGGCAAUGUCGUUCGUGGCCGCCUGGGCGGCCAAAUGCCGAGGCGAAAAAACGGAACUCCCUCCGCCCAUAAUGGGCUCAUACCCGUAUUUCGGGCCCAUGAGGUACAUCCCGUUUUCGGUGUUCACAAACUAUUUCAAGGUAACCGAUGACUUCGUGACCGACCGGUUCGUUUUCGAUAAGGAGAAAAUCGAGAUUCUGCGACGCGCGGCCACGGCCUGGCCGGAAUGCGCCACGAAAGACCCGACGCGGGUGGAGCUGGUGUCGGCGUUCAUAUGGAAGCAUUUCAUGGCUGCGAAGUCGAAGAACAAGCUGUUCGCCGCUAUCAUGGCGGUGAGCCUGCGGCAGAGGACGAACCCGCCCGGGAUUCUGGAAAACGUGUUCGGAAACUGCUUCAUGUCGCCGCUGGCGUUCGCGGAUCCUUCAAGAGAGUUCCACGAGCUGGUGAGCAGGCUGAGGAGGGCGAUAAAAAGAGUGAGAGACGGAUACAUUACUAAUGUGAUGAGUACAGAUUGUUAUAUGAGGGAGCUGGUGAUGCUGGCGGUGCUGAUGGUGACGGGGAAAAUGGAGUGGUGCUACUUCACGAGCUGGCGGGGUUUCUCCGCGUACAAGGUGGACUACGGGUGGGGCCAGGCGUGCCGGUUUGCGACGCCGUCCAUGCCGGUCAAGAAUAUGGUGAUUUUGGUUAACAGUGGAGAUGAUAUUGAGGUCGUAGUUACUAUGCAGCCGGAGGUGGUGCAGGAGGUUGGGGCACAACUCAAGCUCAUUUCGAUCCCUAAAUGAGAAUUUAGGUUGAUGUUUUUGGAUCAUUAAUUUGGUUGCUACAUAUCUUAGUACAUUCCAUAAUGUCCACGGAUCAUUGUGAAUUAAUUAUUUUACUAUUAUGUA